AUGUCUUCCGACAGGAUUGCAUCCCUGCCUCCCAGCUUAGCAUCCGUUUUCACCGAGUUCUUUCCCUGGACAGCUCCCGACCAGAUUCCGUCUACCGCCUCCUCCAAUGAAAACAUAUUCUGUUUCCCCGCUGAAGCACCAGAUGCUCAGCCUGGACGGCGCCGGCCCCGAUCCCUUAGCAAUGAUGACGUUCGGCCGCGUCGCGAGGUGCAGCCACGCAUCAAGCGGCACGCCUAUCGUUCCCCUGCUGCUUCCCCUCCCCCAUCAUUCAACGCAUGGCUAAAAAGGUCUCUCGAAUCCGAGCCAUGCCCCGGGUCGCGAUGCCGUAUGUGUUCCUUCAUCUCUACCACACCGGUGAGCUUGCCCAUCCAUAUCAUGGCACGCCACAUUGCCCCAGCCAUGCGUCAUGCGAGGAACAGCGGACAUCCACUCGAUACAUUAGACGACAACGAGUACCUCCUUCUACAACUCCACUUUGCGGCGAUAAGCUACCACUCGUCUUGUCCCCACGCAAUGGAGGAGGUUGCUCGUUUCGUCCGCCGGCACGCAGAUCCGCCCAACGCCGACAGAACGCGGGACAUACUCUACGCCGUGGCGCUGAGUAACCAGCGGGCCAGAGCUUUGCCAUCCACCCCAUCAGAGACCUCGCAUCCUACCAGAGUUGAUCUGCAACAGGCGUAUCCGAACCUGUAUCACCGGGCUCGUUCACUCGCGCAAGAAUAUCUCGCCCCGAAUCUUCGACGGCAUCCCUUCCGUUGUUCCUGUGGACGUGCGUACAGGGCCAAUGAUCGUAGGGCCGCGCACAUGGAACGACGAAAUUUUCCCAGUUCGAGGGGCCACUUCGCGGUUCCAAGACCCGUUGCACCGGCACGCCCGUCCCGCUGA